AUGGACAAAAAACUUUUUGAAGAAAAAGACUGGAAUUAUAUUAUCACUUAUAACUUAUCCAAUGAUCCAAAGCUCAGUGAUAAUUUAAUGGAUCAUAUGAUACAAUAUAGAAAAGUUCAAGAGCCUCAAGCAAAUGAAACAAUCACCAAAGGGAUAGCAUCAAUUGAAGAGGGAAGGCUUUGGGAAGGUGAAAAAGCCACCAAACAUCUAUUGGAUGGAAGUCUUAAAAUGCCAAAGGUCAUGAAAGACAUGUUACAACAAAAAAUAAAGAAAACUGGGAUCGAUUUCAUGAAGAAAAAUAAUAUAGAAAUAAUCAGCUUUCUCCAUUCAGGUUGA